AUGAGUGACAAUGGGACCAACUUUGUCGGUGCCAACAACACAUUAAGUGAACUGCGUUCAUUCCUUCAGUCCACACCUGUACAAGACAAGGUACAUGGGUACUGCUUAGAACGAGAGAUGACCUGGCAGUUCAUACCUCCAGCUGCGCCACAUUUCGGAGGCUUGUGGGAAGCAAAUGUCAAGUCCUGCAAGUCUAUCCUGAAGCGUAUCACCAACCAUCAAGUCUAUACCCACGAGGAACUCGAGACAUUAUUUUGUCAGAUAGAAGCCAUAAUGAAUUCAAGACCCUUGUGUGCCAUGUCCAUGGAUUCCAGUGACUACUCUGCACUGACUCCCGGACACUUCCUCAUUGGAGAAGCAUUGCUUGCUGUGCCCAGUUUGGAUUAUGUCAACACACCAUGUAAUCGUCUCAACCGUUGGAAAUUACUCCAGCAGCAGCAGCAGCAGUUCUGGCGGCAAUGGUCGUCAGACUACCUCCACACCCUGCAACAACGCCUCAAAUGGCGUACACCUCGAUGUAAUCUUCAAGUGGAUGAUCUUGUCGCUGUGAAGGAUGACCACACCUCACCCUUGCAAUGGCCCUUGGCCAGAGUCAUCGCCCUACAUCCAAAUACCCAUGACGACCUGGUGCGAGUCGUCACCAUCCGCACAGCCCACUCCACUUACAAGCGACCCAUUACAAAACUUAUUAAGUUACCCAUUGCAUAA